AUGGCUACAACAUCUCCCCCUUACCAUCCCCGUGUCGGCGUAGCAGCCUUGAUCCGCGACUCGCAAGGCCGAUUUAUUAUGGGGAAGCGGAAAGCUAGCCACGGCGCGGGUACUUGGCAGUUCCCCGGCGGCCACUUGGAGAUGGGGGAAUCGCUACUAGAGUGCGCGGAACGCGAGACGCUAGAAGAGACGGGGCUCCGGGUUAAAGCCCUGCGUGUCGCGGCUACGACGAACUCGGUGUUCGACCCGGAGACUAAGCACUACGUCACGGUGUUUGUGGAGUGUCGGAGGGAGAACGAGGAUGAUCAACCGGAUCUCCUGGAACCGGACAAGUGCGCGAAUUGGGACUGGAUUAGUUGGGACCAGGUGCAGCAAUGGUCUGAGCAUCAUGAUGACAAUGUUACUCCGGAAUGGGCGCAGAAUAAGUGUUUCAUGCCUAUCAUAGCGCUGGUAAACGAUUAUCCGAACUUCGCUUCUUCUAAAGCAUGA